CCAAAUUACACAACUAUGGCGUUGCUCAUGAAUUCAAGAAAGUUCUCAAAAUAAACAACGGACGUUGCAUUGGAUGCUUCCCUGCACAAUUAUUUUGAGAGCGUUGACUGGGAAAGCGUCGAUCCUCCGACGAACGUUCCGCCGUCACCAAGGCACGAAAUUAACGGCCAGACUCAGAGUCCAGAGUUGGCAUACGGUAUUUGAUAGCAGAGUGGUCCAGGUGGCUGACAACCCAAGCGCCGAGCGUUGUAUUUCGAGAUAUCAGGCGUCAAUCACGAUAGCUCGUCGGUUGUUCACUGGCCGAGGAAAGCUAAUGAAAGACAGAUAUGUAUGUAUGAUCUACACACGAUCAUGAUCAAGGGCUAUGCUCGGGGUUAGGGGGGAGAUCACGGCGCUGUAUAUGUAUGUUGUUGACAAACUUGAACGGUACCUAGGUCCGGGGCGCAGUGGUAGUAAGAGGCCGUCGGGCUGAAAUUGGGGUGGACGAUCUGAUCGGGGAAGAUUGGGGUCAGCUGUGCUAUCAACCCGCAUUUAGUAUGGAAGUAAAACAGCAUCCCCGAGCGUCUGCUUUGAUUAAAGCGGUUUCUCCAAUGACCGUUCGGCGCUCUUGCUC